AUGUCGUCCGCCCCCGACACUCCAAUCACCAUCAAGACGCGCUCGGGCCGCCUUCUUGACGGUCCCGCCAUUGAGGAAAUCGUCGACCGCGGCCUGGCCCGUCGCGAGCGCGAGUUGACCUCUCACCGCGUCAAAGCUAAGGCUUCAGCUGCGCGCCUGGUGGAGAAAGCGCUGGGAGUGCGCUGUCUUGCCAAGAAGAUCUUGGCUAGACUCAAGCGCUGA